AUGCCUUCAAUUCUCAACCUCGUUACCCGAUCCGACAUGCCUGUGGAUUCUGAUGGCUCAGACGACAGCAUGAUCAACCUGAUGCUUGGCCUUCUCGGCCUUGUCUUCCUCGGUCUCAUUUUGGUUGCCAUCCUCUUCCUCUUCCGCCGCGCUCGUCUCCAGAAGCAGCAGCAGAUCAAGUCCGAGGAGGACGGCCUGCCUUCAUACUACGAUAGCGACAGCAAGCGCUUUGCCAACCACCGCGGCCUCACCAUCGAGACAACACACAACGGUCGCUCCAGUGUUUUCGUCAUCAACCAGGACGGUCGCCCUAUGCUUGCCAACCCCAACUCUCCUCCCUACUCCCCCGACAACGUCCCGGAGAUCCACAUCACCUUCCCCGAUGAACAGGACGACCAAGGCCGACAGCAGAACGGCCGCGUCCUUGUUGUCCGUGUUGGCGACAAUUCGGCUGUUGGUCUGGAGCCCAUGAACGACGAGCAGCUCCCUGCUUACGAGAAGGAGGCUAAGGGUCAAUUCUACUCGAUCGACAUGGACCAUAUUGGCGGUCUUAAGGAGAAGGACCGUACUCAAUUCCAAUAA